AUGAUAAUAUUUCUAAUUACAAGUGCUUUGGCAUCACACAUCUAUCCCAUCACGUAAAACCCAAAAACCUUUGCUUUUCAAUUAGCCUAUCAAUAAGGGUCCUUGACACUUGAUUUAAAUUCUUAAUUGACCUUUAUGAAACUUAGAGGAUAGGAAGUCAAAUGUAAUUCAUCUCCAUUUGGAGAUGAGGUUGAAUGUUCUUCUUGCACUCCCAAUUGUGUCAUAGGAGAUGGUAAUUUAAUGCAAAAUGAUAUCAUCUUGAACAAUGUGUUACAAGAAGAAAAAAUAGAACAGAUGUUAUACGUUUCUACAGAUCAAGAGGAAAUAUUAGGUUUAGGACAAUAAAGAGGAUGUAAUUUAUGAUUUUUAUAGUUGUAGCAUCUAAAUAUCCAUAGAAUCCUUUUAUUUCCAAUAUUUUUCAUAUAUGUCUUGGUUUUAAUAAAGGAUUUAUUUCAAAAGAGUUUAAGAAUCCAUACAAGUAUCAAAUAAAUUACAAAUCAAAUUCUUCCUCUAAAUAUUAAGUAGAUCUUAAACUAAUUAAAAUACAAAAUUAAACAAUUGUUAAUCUAACAGGCAAGGUUACAUUUAUUGAUAGUAGAGAUCCAUAUAUUUUAUUACCUGAAGAAAAUUAUCAAAAGAUUUUAACAUAUUUCUCCAAAUUUUAAGUUGUAGAAGAAUCCUAUAAUCUAAUUGUGAAGAAUCAAUCUCUAAAAUUACCAGAUAUUGAAUUUAUAUUUGAUGAUGAUGAAAAAAUUAUUAUGGAAUCAGAAUCAUAUAUCUUAAAACUUUAAAAUGAUACUCAUAUAUUAAGAUUUAAUAGAUCUAAAUUAAAUCGUAUUGAGUUAGGAUUACCAUUUUUAGCAUAAAAACUUAUGACAAUUAAUUAAAAUACUUAGAAAUUCUAUUUUUCUGAUUUUAAUUGUUAAGAUCAAUUUGAAUAGAUACAAUUAGAGGUUGAUUACUUUAAAUAAAUACUACUUCCAACAUUAUUGAUAUGUCUUGUAUUUUAUUGUAUUUUAACUCAAAAAGCAAAAAUAUAAAAAUAGUCAAGAGCAAAUGAAAGUUAUGAAUUGACUAAAUUAAAAUAAGAAAUUGAUGAAGAAGAAGAAAUUUGA